AUGAACGGCUGCUUUAGUACCAAUGUAGCCACCGCUUGCCUGGAUCCAUCCUCUACCGACCUGGUUGAGUGCAUCCGCGUUGGAAUUCUGCACAACCCUCUCGGCCGGUUCCUCACCGCUGAAUCGUUCAACAAUGAGAUCAACGUAUCCUGCACGGUAUUACGUAAACGGCAGAUCUGGAGCAUGCAAAUCCAUCCGAGUAGGCCGGGCGCAGUCUAUUUGCUGAACUAUUUGGACCGAUAUCUGUCAGCCGAUAACGAUGGGCGCAUCUAUACCUCGCGAACUCCAUGUACGUCGUGGUUCCCUACCUCUUACGACUUGAUUUUUUCCAAUUAA